CCUCGGCGGUGCCGGGGGGAUGCUCGGGGCUGCCCUCAGGUGCGUUGUGCAACGGGGGAUGAGCAGCAAAGCACGAGGCAAAGGCGUUGGCUGGAGGCUGGAAAAGGCACUCGAGACUCCAGGGAGCCUCCAGGGGCUGGUGCCAGACCCGGAAUGUUGUGUGGAAACGUUGGACUCCAACAGCUCCUGCCCGGUCACACAGCAGUGCAGCCCAGGGGGCCCCGAAGUCGCUGCUUCCCUGAUUUUGGGGACGUUUUUCCUCAGUUUAUUCCUCAUCCUCUCGGUGGCUUCGUUUUUCUACCUCAAACGAACCAACAAACUCCCAAAGGUUUUCUACAGGAGGAACAAAGGUAAAAAAAACCCCUAA